CUAGCGGGAGCGGGGAGUCCCGCCUCGUCGCGCCGCUUUAGACGUCACGCGGGUCACGUGGGCCGAGGCCAGCAGCCUCCGGAGCGGCGAGGAGGCCGGAGGCGGGGAAGGGGAGCUCCUGCAGACGCCGCCGCCGCCGCCGCCUGUCCGCCCGCCGGCCCCGCCGGAGCCCGCCUCCGCCAGCAUGGGCAUCAAAUUUCUGGAACUCAUUAAGCCCUUCUGCGCCGUUUUGCCCGAAAUCCAGAAGCCUGAAAGAAAAAUUCAGUUCAGAGAGAAAGUUUUAUGGACAGCCAUCACCCUCUUCAUUUUUUUAGUAUGCUGCCAGAUACCCUUGUUUGGAAUAAUGUCCUCAGACUCCGCGGAUCCCUUCUACUGGAUGAGAGUCAUCCUUGCGUCAAACAGAGGCACUUUGAUGGAGUUGGGCAUCUCCCCCAUCGUGACCUCCGGCCUCAUCAUGCAGCUCCUGGCUGGAGCCAAAAUCAUUGAAGUGGGCGAUACCCCGAAAGACCGAGCCCUGUUCAACGGCGCUCAGAAGUUGUUCGGCAUGAUUAUCACCAUUGGCCAGGCCAUCGUGUACGUCAUGACGGGGAUGUAUGGGGAUCCUUCCGAGAUGGGGGCCGGAAUCUGCCUUCUGAUUAUCAUCCAGUUGUUUGUUGCUGGCUUGAUAGUCCUGCUGCUGGAUGAGCUUCUCCAGAAAGGGUAUGGCUUGGGAUCCGGCAUUUCCCUCUUCAUUGCCACCAACAUCUGUGAGACGAUAGUGUGGAAGGCCUUUAGCCCCACCACCAUUAACACGGGCAGAGGUACGGAAUUCGAGGGGGCCGUCAUUGCCUUGUUCCACCUCUUGGCCACGCGCACCGACAAAGUCCGCGCUCUGCGGGAAGCCUUUUACCGCCAGAACCUGCCAAAUCUCAUGAACCUGAUCGCGACCGUCUUUGUCUUUGCGGUAGUCAUAUACUUUCAGGGAUUCCGAGUUGAUCUCCCGAUCAAGUCUGCCCGCUACCGGGGUCAGUACAGCAGCUACCCCAUCAAGCUCUUUUAUACUUCCAACAUCCCCAUCAUCCUCCAGUCCGCCUUAGUGUCCAACCUCUACGUCAUUUCGCAGAUGCUGUCCGUCCGCUUCAGCGGCAACUUCCUGGUCAAUUUACUCGGCCAGUGGGCGGACGUUAGCGGAGGCGGCCCAGCGCGCUCCUAUCCGGUGGGGGGUCUCUGCUAUUACCUCUCCCCCCCGGAAUCCAUGGGGGCCAUCUUCGAGGAUCCGGUCCACGUGAUUGUGUAUAUUGUAUUUAUGCUGGGCUCUUGUGCCUUUUUCUCCAAGACGUGGAUCGAAGUGUCCGGAUCUUCAGCCAAAGACGUCGCCAAGCAAUUGAAAGAGCAGCAGAUGGUAAUGAGGGGGCACCGAGACACAUCCAUGGUCCAUGAAUUAAACCGGUACAUCCCGACAGCAGCUGCCUUCGGAGGGUUGUGUAUCGGGGCGCUCUCGGUCCUGGCUGACUUCCUGGGGGCCAUCGGCUCCGGCACCGGGAUUCUGCUGGCGGUCACCAUCAUUUACCAAUAUUUUGAGAUCUUUGUCAAAGAACAGGCGGAAGUUGGAGGCGUGGGGGCGUUGUUUUUCUAAACAGACCGGCAUUCCGCCUGUCUUGUGACAAAAGGAGAAGAACGUCCUUCGACCUCGCCCGAAUCCAAUAAUGCCAUUUUGAUUUAAUUUCUCCCUCCCCCUUUUUUUUUCAAAACGAGUCACCCCAUUUAUUCCUAAAUGGGCCCCCUGCCCAGCUUCAGAGCUGGCUGCCUUAAAAGAAUCCAAAGUUUACAUUGUCUUGGUUUAAAAAGAAAUAUUAAUAUUCCAAAAAAUUAUAACUCUCUCUCUCUUUCUCUCGCGUGUGGCCUGUAAGGUUGGAAGACAUAAUUCUCUCCGGCCCUCGAGGGAAGAAUGGCGGGUGGCCAUUUUGUUGCACUUUUGCACACUUGGUGGGCGUGCAAACAUAUCUACUACGCACAUCCCGUUGCAAAGAUUUCCGAAUUGCCCCAAAUGGCUUAGGGCUUAUUUAAAAAAAAUAAAUAAAUAAAAAUAGGUCCCGUUUCCUUC